UAUUAGUGUCUCAUUCAAAGCGUUUAAUCCUUCGGACAAAACCAGAUGAUGGUGCAACAAAAAUCCAACUAACAAUUUAUUUAAAAAACAUUUGUAGGCUACAUCGUGACUGACCAAACACACAAUGUGCAUUUUGUUGCUCAUUUUGCAGCAUAUUUUAAUAAUAGCAUCGCACCAAACGCAUGGUUUAAAGAAUAACGAAGUGAACGCAGAAACUUACGCCGCGUACUACAACUACGUCGACUUGACUGAUCGCCUUCAAAGUUUAUACCAGAAAUACGCGCAUAUUUGUAGCCUGUCGAGUAUCGGACAGUCCAUGGAAGGACGGGAGCUCUGGGUCAUGAGGGUGACAACGGAUCCGAGAGUUGAUGUGCCGGGGAAGCCGAGGUUCAAGUAUGUAGGCAACAUACACGGGGACGAAUCGUUAUCACGGCAGAUGUUGGUUUAUUUAAUCGAGCACCUGUUAACUCAAUAUAAUCGUGAUGCGCGUGUGACCGAGCUGGUGAACCGGACUGAUAUAUACAUAAUGCCCAGCAUGAAUCCGGACGGGUUUGAGAGGGCUGAGGAGGGAGACUGUGCUGGCAGCAGUGAAGCUCGAGAAAAUGCCAAACAUUAUGAUCUCAACAGAAGUUUCCCAGACCAAUUUGAGCCUUCCGGUACGACUUACGAUAUACCGGAGGUUACGGCUGUGAUGAAGUGGAUUCUUGAGAAAAAGUUCGUCCUGUCUGGUAGUCUACACGGGGGCUCGGUGGUGGCCAGCUACCCCUUCGAUGACACCAGCUCUCAUAAAACCCUAGGACUUUACAGCCCCACGGCAGAUGACGCACUGUUUCGCCAUCUAGCGCAGACGUAUGCAGAGAACCACCCCGUUAUGAAGAUGGGUGAACCUCACUGCCCUGAUGAUCCAAACCAAAGCUUUAAAGAUGGAAUCACCAAUGGUGCAGAGUGGUAUGACGUGCGAGGUGGAAUGCAGGAUUACAACUACCUGAAAGGGAACUGUUUUGAAGUGACUUUUGAAUUGAGUUGCUGCAAGUAUCCGCCAGCAUCUCAACUUUACAUAGAGUGGGCCAACAACAGACAGGCACUUCUUCUCUACUUGCAGGAAGCUCAUAUAGGUGUGAGAGGUUUUGUUAUGACCACAUCAGGCCUUGCUCUCCCAGAUGCAACCAUCUCUGUUUCUGGAAUCGAUCACAACAUCACAACAUGGACGUUUGGUGACUAUUACCGCUUGCUGCUGCCUGGAAUAUACGACAUCACUGCUAGUUCUCCUGGGUACCUGCCGAAUACGGAGAAGAACGUGCCCGUGAUCGAAAGCAAAGCAACGAUGCUGAACUUUACUCUUGAGGAGAUGCUAAUGUCAGACUAUGUCCUCACUGCAAAACCCACCGUAACCAAUGAGGUUCUCAACCCUCCUGGUCCUUCCAUCCCGAAGUCUCCCAUCCAGUCCUUGGACUUUCGAUAUCAUAGUUAUGAUGAAAUGGAGAUGUUGCUGCAGCUGUUCAGUGCUGUCCAUCCGUCCAUCACGUACCUGUACUCUGCAGGCACAUCAGUGCAGGGCAGGAAUCUUUAUGUGAUGGAGAUAUCCACCAAUCCUGGCGUUAAUCAGCAAGGUAAACCUGAGGUCAUGUUUGUGGGUAACAUGCAUGGAAAUGAGGUUAUCGGCUGUGAAAUUCUCCUGAAUCUCAUUGAAUACAUGUGCCGCAAUUAAGGCAAGGAUUCUUUAGUCACCCGUCUGGUCAACAGCACAAGAAUUCACAUCAUGCCUGCCAUGAACCCAGACGGUUAUGAACUGGCACUUAAAGCUCAAAAUGAACAUGUUAAGGUCUCGGGAGACCUUAGUAUUAUUGGACACAGUAACGGUCACCGUGUGGACCUGAACAUGAACUUCCCUGAUCGCCCAAAACCGAGGAAUGUUAUUCAACCAGAAACUCAAGCGGUGAUGAACUGGAUCAAGUCUCACUUCUUUGUGCUGUCUGCAAGUAUACGUGGAGGGUUCAGGGGAGUAGUGUAUCCUCAUUCCAUUGACUCUUUUGAUGAAAACGUGUUUAAAUCUGUUGCAGCCUCUUAUACGCAAUCUCAAGCUUUACAAGAGCCCCAGGAUUGUGAUGUGUCGAGAACCAGAGAGAAGAAAGCCGGCAAGCACCGUCGUCCAUCAGCAACAGGGACUGAUAUGCUGACCUGGGCGUACAGCCACACAGACACUUUAGCUGUUAACAUCGGGCUCAGUUGUGAUCUGCUGCCACCAGUGGAGUCGCUCUCACAAUACUGGGAGCAAAAUCACAGAGCCAUUCUACAGUUCAUACAGCAGGUUCAUUUGUUUGUGAGGGGUACGGUGACUGAUGCUCAUACCGGCGAGGGCAUCACUAAUGCCACAGUCAAGGUGGAAGACUCCAGACACCAGGUUCACACCAGCAGUACGGGACAAUAAUGGAGACCCCUCGCUCCUGGUUCUUAUCAUAUCAUAGCCUCUGCUCCAGGGUACACUACAAUGUCAGCGUCCGUCCGGGUGCUGGAGACUCGAGUGGAGCAGGUGGACUUCAAGCUGACCAGGGACACGGCACAGCCGUCCUUUGAAGAAGAACAACAGAAGGAGUUUGAGAAACUGGUGGAGAGGCUUUUGACCGCUGGUCAGUUAGAAGAAUUCAUUCGCAGCCUUUUACCGGCUCAGACCCUGCAAUAUCGCAACUACAGAGAACAAGCAGAGUUCCUCCGAGGGCUUACGUUUAACUUCCCACGUAUCACGCGUCUGUACAGUUUGGGCCAGAGCGUUGAGUUUAGGACCAUCUGGGCCCUGGAGAUCUCUGGCAAUCUGGAGAUGCCUCAACCUGCUGAGCCCAAGAUCCGUUUUGUGGCCGGUGUCCAUGGUGACGCGGCAGUCGGCCCCGAGUUGCUUCUCGAAUUCGCCUCUGUUCUUUGCCUCAACUAUGGCAGAAAUCCCACCAUCACCAAGCUGAUCGACAAGAGCAGGAUAGUGAUUCUCCCUUGUGUGAACCCUGAAGGGCGAGAGCUGGCGCAGGAGGGUCAGUGCACCUUCAACCUGGGUUACACCAAUGCUCACGCCACAGAUCUGGACACUGACUUCAUCUAUGGCAACAUGUCCGCCCAGCCAGAGACCCGUGCAGUGAUGAAUUUGAUCAACGGUGGUGGGUUCUCUCUCUCUGUUGUGCUGGACGGAGGCUUUCUGUUGGCCAUGUAUCCUUAUGACAGACCCAAUCAACGUGCUCAAAAUGAAGAGACGUUGAGAUAUUUGGCCUCCUUGUAUGCAAACAGUCAUCCUUUCAUGCACUUGGGUAAUGUAGUAUGCGCAGAAGUCUCAGAGGAAAUCCCAGGAGGUGUCAUGCAGGGGGCGGAGUUCAACGCUCACACAGGCAGUAUGAAGGACUUCAGUUUGGAUGUGGGUGUUUGUCCUGAGAUCACCGUGUACACGGGCUGUUGUAUGUUCCCACCUGAGUCUCAACUCUUCUCGCUGUGGAUGGAGAACAGGAUGCCUCUCUUCCGCAUGCUGCUGGAGGUUCACAGAAGGUUAAGUGGUGUUGUGAGGGACAGUAAAGGCAGGCCGGUGUCAGAUGCUGUUGUUGUGGUGAAUGGAUCUGUGAAUGUUCGUACAGACAGUCAGGGUUAUUUCACCACUUUACUGGCUCCAGGAACACAUCAGCUGCAGGUUCAGGCUCACGGAUAUCAACAAGAGCUCCAGCAGGUAAAUAUGUCCUCAGACAGACUCACCAGCCCCAUUGCGAUUGACUUCACUGCAGACAAGCGUCCUCUUGGCCAGGGGGUGUUUGUAAUAGCAUCAGCUUGUUUGAUGAGCGUCUUGUUCUGCGCCGUCUUCAUCUGGCACAUCCGCUCUGCCAAGUUCAGCCGUAUACAUGACAGCAUCCGCUGGUGUCGCAGUGACAGAGAAAGUCUCCGCAUGGAGGCCAUGGCUUCCGAGAAGUCACCCUUGCGGCAAGAGUUUCUGGAGGACAGCGAGAGUGAGGAUGACCCUUUCUUUGUGGAGAGACGCUGAGCGCGCCACAGAUUAGACUGUUGAAAAAGAAGUCUUUCUGCGCAGUUGUGCUUUUCAGAAGAUAAAAUGACCCGAGUAACAAGAAUUCUUGGCUACUCCAGUUUGUAUGUUUGCCGUUUCAUUUGGAAA